AUGACAACUCCUGGCGUAACGACAAUUGAGCAAUUGAGUAUUCAUAAUCCAUCGUACGUAGCGGAUCCGAAUGAUCCCAGUGAACAUAUUAUUGAUGAUGACAUCCUUCCUCCGAUGCAAUUCGAUCGGAAAGCAAGACCUCAAUCAGCUCGAACAACUCGAUCCACAACUAGUCGAUCUUCAGUUAACAACCUCGAUGGACGCAUUUCAUGUUUUGAUUAUCAUGCAUCAAGAUUCUUCUCCUAUCGAGAUCACGGAUUUGAAAAAGCACUGAUGAAUAUUCAUCGGGGAUUCUUUCCUCAAACGGAUUUUACACCUGAGUAUCGAGAUGAUUUGGUGAAAAGAUCAUGGUUAUUAAUUGAUAUUGAUCAUUGGGAUUUGCAUCGCGAAGUGAUUGUCAUUCUCAACGACAAUCAUAUUCUUAUUGUUCGAUACAAUUUCAUCAAAGAAUUUAUCAUUUAUAGUCAAACAAUCCGUUUUGAUGAUAUUCGUGCCGUUUCAUACGGUCAAUGUACUCAUCCGGAUAACUCUAUGAUGAGUGAAUAUGCGUACGGUGGAGUGAAAAUUAUUCAUGGAGAUGAGCCAUCAUUUUUUACACGAUGGAAUCCAGCUGCUCAAACGAAUAUGCAUAUCUUUGUAUCUCAUCAUUUAGCUUACAAUGACAAUGAACGUGAAACAACGUAUUACAAUUGUGAUGAAUUUAUUCAAUCGUUUGAUAUGGCUUUAACUGCUUAUCGUCGAGCAAAGAACGAACCAAAAGUCGAAUUUGUCGAGGAGAAACUCGUUAUUUCAAGUUAUGCAAGUCUUUGGUCCAUCUUAUACAAUCAAAACUUUGUAGGCUUCAAUCGUGAUCGAAAUGGAGCUAACUGGUAA